AUGAACAUGGGGCUCAAAGGAGCUGUACUGCUUUUUGCAUCUGUUACUCAAGAAAUCUGUCUUCUGACAAAUGCUAGGCGCGUUGCCAGUGUGCGUGCAGAAACAUAUUGCAACCUAUACGCCCUGGACAGAACCAGUUUCCAGGAUGUACUGCAAAACUACCCAUUCAUGAGACGCACCUUGGAAUCAGUUGCUGCGGAGCGGUUGCAUCAAUUAGGAAGGGACCCGUUGCAAGUCAUCCACCGGAAGAACCUUCAGGAGGAUCUCGAGAUAGUGAAGGAGAUCGUAAACCAGGCCGAAAAGAACGUCAAUGGCUUCAGUUCCUCAUCCUUUCGAUACCCUAACAUCUCCAGCAAAACUUCCGAAUCGGGAAGCAACUCCUCAGAAAAGAGCGGAGGUCGUAGUCAAGGAGAGAACACUUUCGCAUGGUCUCGCACCUUCCGCAGUCGACUCUACCAACGGAAGGUGCGUGUCCGCUCCUCCGCCACCCCUCACGAAACCGCAACGGACAUGGAUGAGGUAGAUGAUGAGGAGGAUGAGAAACCGCAGGAGGAAGCCGAUGGGCGUCGCCGCGACUGUGGUCAUCGCCAUCGCGUCACCCCACAGCCCCGCCUCAGUCUCAUCUGCUCUCCAAAGCACCGCUUUGCAACUAAACAGCGCAUCGAGUCCCAAGCCAAAAGACGACGCUGUAGCAGCAGUACAACGCUCAAACUGGCUCUGAGGAGGGCGGCGUAUUACGGCGGUGGUGGUGCCUUAAGAAAAGAGUCCCAGAUGGCAGCAAAAGAGCCUGUGGCUAGCACCAGCACCGACCAAACUGGCCGACAAUAA